CCAGCAGGUGUUAUACUGAGGAGACAGAGAGCAUCCAGAGCACGGACGGUCAGCAUGUCUCUGCCGGUCCGGUUUCACUUCGGCGUCCGCAGAACCAGAGAGCUGCGAGAGCUGCUGGAAGACGAGGACAAAAUAACUCACAUGGCCAGGAGCAGUGAAAAGUUUCAGAGGCUCCAGCAGGCUGCGCAAAAGACACGGAUUUCAAAUCAAAACCUGGCCAAAGUCAAUCUUAGCCAGAAACCCAAAUUUAGAGAUGCAAAGCUGCUGCUUGCAGUGAAGUACAAGGAGCUGAAGAAACUCAGAAGCAUCAUUCAGGCCAAACAAGAUCAACUCGCAGAAAAAUACAGUGUUCAUUAUGCUCACUGGUGUCUCCUGAACAAGAUCAGACAUGCAGAGGAGGAGUCUGAGCUACUGUUUCAGAGGUUUACAGAUGGAAAGACAGCAAUACAAGAUUUUUUGGAGCUCUUUGUCAGCUCCCAGAAACUCCACCACAUCAGGUUGGUCCUGAUGAAGAACCUGCAGGAGAUAAUCCGAAAUGAAACAAAAACAGCACAAAGGCUCAGUGAGGCUCACUAUUUGUCUCUGGGCCUUCCUGAGCAGGUCAGUUUGACCACAGCUGCUGUCUUACCUCCAUUCCUACUGGUGCUUGGCGCCCACAUAAACACUGUCCCCUGUAUCCAGCCUUCGCUGUUUUGCUCUGAUGAGGAUGAGCUCCUUCGAAUGGGAGUGCACCUCCGAGGCCGCAAACCCAUCCGUCUUCAGCCACUGAACGUGCAGCCGAGGAGGCACCAACCAGCACCGCACUGAAGUCAUGGAUUUUUAAUCAAAUUUAGUCUGGAUUAAUGUGUUUGUUGUAAUAAAUAAAUAAAUAAAAUAAAUAUU